UUGGGUGGAGACUGCUGCCCCAGCGACCCGGUAACGGAUAAACGGAUGAAAAUGGAUGGAUUUUUUACACGUCAAUUUAAUUUAGUGAAGGCUUAAUUUGAAAUUUCUGGAUUGUGUAUUUGAACCAUGAUGCAAAAAAAUGUCUUAGUUAAUCAAAACUUUUAUUUUGUAAAUUUGCGAACAUGGCCUCAGUCAUCAGACUGAAUCAUAUCUGUCUUAAAUAUUUAAGACAUUAGAGUGAGCAGUUAACCCUGUUUAACAUAAUGGACUUGUUAAAAGCUGAUGUUUCAUUCUUUCGUGAUAAAAAUAGAAAAAAAAGCCAAAGGAUCAGGAUACAUGUCAAACAAACAGUUUUUGUUUUGGUACUACCUUACCACAGCACAGUCAAACUACAUUUUAUUACUAUCAUUUUUAUUGGUUAAGGUAAAUAUAUUGUGAUAGUCCUUAGAGUCCUGUAAUGUUAGCAUGAAUCACAACUGCUUGACCAGGACUAAUGUUGGGCUUUCGUGAAGUUUUGCUUCAAAUACCAAAAGCUAAACUUGACUUAUCCAUUCCAGGUAUGGACAACAGACUGCUGCUCACAUUCCUGUUUGUGAUGCUGUCAUGGACUUGUACCAGGGCCCAAACCACUGUGGCGGUGACAGAGGAGUCAGGGUACGAUGACCCAAUGGUGACAGAAGACCCAGUCCUUGAGUUAACUCUAGCAACAGACGAUCCAACGUACGAUGUUUCCCUGCCGGUGGACAUAACCACAGGCGCACCAACAGGUGAAGAACCUGCAACAGAAGCUCCGCUGGGUGUCGACACCACUGUAACUCUCCUUGAAACAACAAUUUCUUCAGACAAAUGUGGUACAGAAAGCCUGUGUGGAGAAGAACCAGCAGAUUGCAACCCUGGAAAUCCAGGAAACUGUCUUUUUCUUGCAGCCAAAAGGAAGAAAGGCCAAAAUUAUGAAUUUGAAAUGUCUGGAGAGUCGGACGGCUACGUUGCUUGCACCUUUUCACCUGAUGGUGAUUUUGGAAAUAACGAAACAACCUACAUCUGUGCUAACCAUAACGGCAAGGUCAAAUUUUUCACUGCUCGCUACAAUAAGAACAAGAUGGUAAAAACAGAGCUGCCUGCAAACUCUGUGAAGGGUAAGAUCACUCAAAACAAAAUCCAGUGCUCAUUUCUUGCCGCUCUACCUCUGGGGGCAUUGAGAGCAGAAGAUAACGUAGCCAUGUCACUGUCCACUGGAGACUAUGAUGCUGCUUCAGGGGAUCUGGGAACGCCUGCUUUUAAAUAUCAGAGCCCUGUGGUUAACCUGGCAAACCCCAACUCCGCUGUCCCUAAUGUUAUAACCACCACUGCAGCCCCAACCAAUGCCCCUACAGCUGCUCCAACCACUAGUCAUGCUGUCCCAUUCCACAAAUCUGUCUUGCAAGCCCUGCUGAUCAUUCUGAGCACCAUGACUGUGUUCCUGGUUUGAGGACGCUGAAAUUACUUCAUCUGAAGACACUGAAGACACUCGACAAAACACAAUGAUAUAACGUUAGCAUAUAAACUCACUGGAUGGAAGAG